AUGGAGGUUCAUUUCAUGAUGAGCACGCAGGAAUUCUUAUCACGCGUCAUCACAGCCCGACCUUCGUGGAAGAGGAGCGCCCAGGGCGGAGGCGCGGGCGUGCGUCGCGCUAGCGCUAUCGCUUCCGGCGCGAGGUUGUCGGCCUUCCGGCCCGCUAUCGGUCAGCUGCGCCCGCUGCGGUAUACGGCAACACUCCUCGACCUCUGGCAGUGUGGAGCUGCUGAAUGGGGUGGGAUCGGCGCCGCGGUGGCGGGCGGCGAUCAAUUGGGCGGGACGGAUGAUUGGCAGCGCCGACCGCAGCGGACACCGGAAUGCGGGCCGGACGGCGACCCCGUUGCAAAGGUCGCGGCGCACCAAAUGAGGCUGAACACUGAACGCCAGGCAAGCUAUCGAAUGCCAUUGGAUCCUUUAAAGAUAUUA